CAGGAAGCCUUUCCAAGGGAUUAGAGUCUCCUCCCUCCUUCCUCUUCAGAACCCCUAAUCCGAGCCCAAGACGAGGAUUUCCGCGAUGGAGCCCAGCGGAGGCGGAGAACGGGGCGGGUUCCACCGCAACGAGGCCAUCUCCGCCGUCCAGGACGAGGAGCAGUUCUACGGGGAGGACGAGGACUACGACGACCUCUACAACGACGUCAACGUCGGCGGGGGCUUCCUCCACUCCGUCCACCGGAGUGACGAUUCCGGUGGUUACCCGAGGGAGGACGGGAGCAGGAGCAACCCCGUGCCGCCGCCCGCGCUGCCCCCGCCAUCGGGGGAAGCGCCGGAGAAGGUCCAGAUCCCCGGGAUCGCUGGCGAUUCGAAGAUCGAGAGGCCGAUGGAUAGAUCCGGUGGCUUUCAUGAGCAAGGGUUCCGGGGAGGUGGUGAAUCGUUGGUGGGGGCGCGGCCCCCCGGUGGAAAUAGGUCUGAGUUAGGGCAGUCUUCUGGUCGACCGGGCGAGAUCCAGGGGCAAUCGAGGAACUCUGGCUACGGGAACGAGGGUUAUCAAAGGCAAGGGAGUGGCUUUGGAGGUGAGGCGAGGCAGGUAGGAAGCGGGCCAGCGGGGGGAGGGAGUGUG